ACUCUGAUACUUUGGAUCAAGUACUUUCAAAAACAAAUUUUUGUGGAUUAGGAAAAAUAUCUAAAUCUGAUUUUAAUAUUAGAGAUGGCGAUUGUGUAGUUGGUUUGGAUCCAGGCCGGAGAGAUUUAUUUGUAGCUGUAACUGAAAAAAAAUGUAAAAUUAAUUGCUCAACCAAAGAAUGGCAUUUAUUAGCUGGUCAUACGCAUGCAAGAAAAAAACGAGAAGUUUGGAUUAAGGGCAAUAAUUCAAUUGAAACGAUCUUACAUAAUAUUCCGACACCAUCAUGUUCUUCUAUCACUUCCUAUAACAAUUAUCUUGUAUAUGUUCUUCAACAUAUGCGCACCCUUAUUGAAUUCUAUGGUGCAAGACGUUGGCUUCGUAUGCGAUGGAAGUCAUACAUUAACCGUAAUAAGGCAUAUAACAAGCUCUGUGAGCGGAUCACCAAUAAAAAUCCAAGAACGAUAGUUGCAUAUGGCGAUGGGAAGUUUUCAAGUUGCUCUAAAGGGCAUGUAUCUGGACCAAUUAAGGGCCUAUACAAAGAGUUGAGGCGAAGAUUGGGGAGAAGAGUUCGACUUGUAGAUGAGUACCGAACAAUGAAGUCAUUGCUUCCAAGAAAGCAUUAUACAACAUAUGUGCCAAUUUCAAAUUUUCAAAAAAGUUUACUUGCUGUGUCAUCUGCUUUCGCGGCAUUUUUGGAUCCGAGUAGAGGGGACAUGAUUGCAACAUUAGCCGAAACGACCUCUUCAAUGUUUCUGAGUAAACUUCGAGAUGAAAUGUUGCGUGAUUCAAAAGGUCGUCAAAUAUUACGAGAACGUCCAAUUGUAAAUUCUAAAACAAUCGACCUUCUAUAUUUGAGAAAAUUACCCGAAGGAACUUUUGGUAAAGAGUAUACAAAUUUUUUAAAUAGAGAAAUGGUUACACCUGAUACCAGAGAAAAGGUAAAAUAUAUUGAAGACGAAGAACUUGCUUAUGUCAUGCAACGCUAUCGAGAAUGUCAUGAUUUUUUUCACACUUUAACAAGCUUACCCGUAAGCGUUGAAGGUGAGCUUGCACUCAAAUGGUUCGAAUUUGCACAAACAAAAUUGCCAAUGACUCUGAUAAGUUCAGUGGUUGGGCCCCUUCGAUUAUCAAAUAGUGAAAGAACCAGAUUAUUUGAAAAGUAUGUUCCAUGGGCUGUUCAAUGUGGAUCACAAAGCAAAUUGCUUAUGAAUGUUUAUUUUGAGGAAUGUUGGAAUAAGGAUAUUGUUGAAAUGAGGAAAGAGUUAGGAAUCUAUCUU